AAAUGAGAAAUAAUCAUGUCCAGUUCAUUUGGGGACUCACCCAUAUCUUUUUUUCAAUCUCGAUCUUACAAAUCCGGAUAACUUUUCCUUGUAAUUCGGAUAAUCCAUCGAACUUAGUAGAGCCAUUACCAAGUCCAAGAGAAGAAGUUACACGAAAGUGACACAAAAUUGAGCAAAGAGUAGUCAAAAAAGUCAGUAGCCAACAAAAGAAAGAGGAUAACACGAAUAGCAAAAAACGAGAAGAACAAAACCCAAACCCCAUUUUUGAAGAAAAGAAAGAAAAGGGUAUCCAUUGAUAUUGAUUUUCAAGAAUAAUUCAAUCUGCAGAUCAAGAAUUGUACAGUGCACAUCAAGUGUUUGAUUUAUUGCCUCACAGAGAAAUAUGAGUAAUAGACCACCUGUGAAGUUAGAUGAUGAGCAGUUGGCUGAACUGCGAGAAAUUUUCCGAUCAUUCGACAGAAACGAUGACGGAAGUUUAACACAACUCGAGCUUGGCGCGUUAUUAAGGUCCCUCGGUUUAAAACCAAGUCCUGAUCAGCUUGAAACUCUGAUUCAAAAAGCUGAUAAAAACGAUAACGGCCUUGUUGAAUUCUCCGAAUUCGUUUCACUAGUUGCACCAGAGCUUCUUCCAGCGAAAUCCCCUUACACGGAAGAGCAGUUGAAACAGUUAUUUAAGAUGUUUGAUAGAGAUGGAAAUGGAUAUAUUACGGCUGCUGAGUUGGCGCAUUCGAUGGCUAAACUUGGACAUGCUUUGACUGCUGAAGAACUUACUGGGAUGAUAAGAGAAGCUGAUACUGAUGGAGAUGGAAGGAUCAGUUAUCAGGAAUUUACUCAGGCGAUUACAUCGGCUGCUUUUGAUAACUCUUGGGGUUGAUAUGUGAAAACGAAUUUUGCAGGCCCCUAUUAUUAGCAAAGUAGAUGGAAAUGAGUGUGUUGACCAUGAAGAAGAAGAGAAUUUCAGGUGCAGAGUUGGUUUUGUCGUGCUUGCAUCUUAAUGUAUUGCUUCUAUCCGAGAUGAUGCUGCACACUAGUUUAGCAUCCGAUAGAAUGUUUCUUGCCAUGAUAGAGGCUUUUUUUGGUUAAUCAUGCAUUUCCUUUAUCAACAGUUGUACUUUCUUGGACUAAAUAAUGUUUGGGUGAUAAUUUCGUAGUUUUUU